AUGCUAACUUGGAUGAGCACUUCGCGCCCAAAGGCACGGGUGUUUCUGGAAUUGGACCAAGAUUCGAAGAUCCAGUCCUUCAUACAAUGGCUUGAUCCAGAUCUGCACAAAAGGACCACUUUUGUGCGCGCUGGCGACGUGGUGUGUGCCGCAGCGCUGUGGGUGGUGGUUCCACGAGAGGCUCCAUCACCACACAAAUUUCGUAUUCCCACUCUGGUGAACAACUUGCGACGCCACAUUGCCAAGGUGCAGCCUACUUACGAGGCGACAAGCACAGUGUACGUAAAACGGUUGCCUUCUACAGCGUCUCACGGCCGUCUCUUGACAGAUGAGCAUUCCCAGGAGGUUGUGCAGACUGCUCAGAGCGCACUUCACCGACAUGGAAUGCCGUCGGAAGUGGCUAUCUUCGAUGGGACAUCAGAUGGAAAAACCACUGCUACGUUCAAAGAGCAGUAUCAACGCUUCAAUUCUGCCAUCCUAGUCUUCGGCUCUCAUGGUACGGCUUUCUCGAACAUCCUUUGGAUGCCCUGCGAAGUACCUGCAGCAGCAAUCGAGUUCGUUUGUGGUGCUCACUCCCUCCAGGCAAGAGGUUGCUUUAAGCCAAAUGUGACCGGGGUGCGCUUUGACACCUAUUUCCAGCUGCAUGCUGGAAUUUCCUGGGUGAAAUAUUUCCAUGUCCUGACGCAGAGCGUUUCCGACGAGGUGAGUGACUUCAUGAGAGUCGAUUUGGCAGGUUUUGACCAAGCUCUGGACGCAGCCUUAGCGCAUGUGAAGCGCAAGUGA